AUGACCAAGGGAGAGAUCCUUCACGUUCACAUGGGCCAAGCUGGUGUCCAGCUUGGUCAAUCUGCCUGGGAAUUGUAUCUUCUUGAGCAUGGUCUCGGCCCCGAUGGCCGUCCCGACCCCAAUGCGAAGGAUAUUGGCGACCCAGGCUCGUUCGAGACGUUCUUCACCGAGACGAGUAGCGGAAAGCAUGUCCCCCGUGCCCUCUUCGUCGACCUUGACCCGUCUCCGAUUGACGAGCUCCGUACCGGUGCCUACCGCCAACUUUUCCACCCCGAGCUGCUCAUAAACGGCAACGAAGAUGCCGCCAAUAACUACGCUCGCGGCCACUACACCAUUGGAAAGGAGAAGAUUGACGCCGUCAUGGACCGUGUCCGCCGCAUCGCUGACAACUGCACCUGCAUCCAGGGCUUCCUCGUAUUCCACUCGUUCGGUGGUGGUACCGGCUCCGGCUUUGGCGCUCUUCUCCAGGAGCGUCUUGCUACCGAGUUUGGCAAGAAGGUCAAGCUCGAAUUCGCCGUAUAUCCUGCCCCCAGCAUCGCCUCGGCUGUUGUCGAGCCUUACAACGCCGUUCUCUCUACUCACAGCACCAUUGAGAACUCAGACUGCACAUUCCUGGUCGACAACGAGGCCGUCUACGAGAUUUGCCGCCGCAACCUCGGCGUUCCUCGUCCUUCCUACGAGCACCUGAACCGCCUCAUCGCCCAGGUCGUCAGCUCCAUCACCUCCUCCCUGCGCUUCGACGGCUCCCUCAACGUCGACCUCAACGAGUUCCAGACGAACUUAGUCCCCUAUCCCCGCAUCCACUACCCUCUCAUUAGCUACGCCCCCGUUGUCUCAGCCGCCAAGAGCUCCCACGAGAGUUUCAAGGUCGCUGACCUUACCAUGCAGUGCUUCGAGCCCAACAACCAGAUGGUUGUCUGCGAUCCCAGAAACGGAAAGUAUAUGGCUGUUGCUCUGCUUUAUCGUGGAGACGUUGUUCCCCGUGACUGCAACGCUGCUAUCGCCGCUGUCAAGGCUAAGUCCUCUUUCAACCUCGUCGAGUGGUGCCCCACCGGCUUUAAGCUCGGCAUCAACUACCAGAAGCCCAUGGCUGUCCCUGCUGCUGCUGAGGACGGGGGUCUGGCCGAGGUCGAGCGUUCCGUCUCCAUGCUCUCCAACACCACUGCCAUUGCCGAAGCUUGGUCGCGACUCGACCACAAGUUCGACCUCAUGCACAGCAAGCGUGCCUUUGUCCACUGGUACGUUGGUGAGGGUAUGGAGGAAGGCGAGUUCACCGAGGCCCGUGAGGAUCUUGCUGCGCUAGAGAAAGAUUACGAGGAGGUCGCUGCCGAUGGUUUCGAGGCCGAGGAGGAGGCUGAAUACUAA